AUGGGAGGAGCGCGCGAGGAGCGCAGGCACCCCCGUGUGUCUGUGAAAGAGAGCUCGAGGGCCGUAGCGCGCUGCAGAUGAAGCAUGGCAGGCGACAGCGAGACAAAGCCAGGUGACCAAGCCGAAAAUGAGAGCAUUAAUCGGCAGCCUUUCAUCAUCGGUGUGGCUGGAGGGACAGCCAGCGGCAAGUCGUCGGUGUGCAGCAAGAUCAUGGAGCUGCUGGGCCAGAACGAGAUCGACCACCACCAGCGGCAAGUGGCCAUCCUCAGCCAAGACAGCUUCUACAGGGUCCUCACCCCGGAGCAGAAGGCCAAGGCACUCAAGGGCCAGUUCAACUUCGACCACCCGGAUGCAUUCGACAACGACCUCAUAAUCGCGACUUUGUGGGACAUCAAUGAGGGAAAAACCGUGCACAUCCCUGUUUAUGACUUUGUCUCCCAUUCCAGGAAAGAAGAGACGGUGACCGUGUAUCCUGCUGACGUGGUGCUGUUUGAGGGCAUCCUGAUGUUCUACUCUCAGGAGGUCCGAGACCUUUUCCAAAUGAAGCUAUUUGUGGACACUGAUGCUGACACACGUUUAUCUCGAAGAGUGCUGCGUGAUAUAAGUGAACGUGGACGGGACUUGGAAAGCGUUCUAACACAGUACAUUACUUUUGUCAAGCCUGCAUUUGAGGAAUUCUGUCUGCCAACGAAGAAAUACGCUGAUGUGAUCAUACCGAGAGGAGUUGACAACCUCGUUGCCAUAAAUCUCAUAGUUCAGCACAUCCAGGAUAUUCUAAACGGCGGUUUGACCAAACGGCUCAACGGCUGGUUUAACAGUUGUGGAACAACUAAGAAGCAGCCGAACAUGGAGUCCAGCAGUCGGCCUCACUGAGUGCAGCCCUCUCCGGUGAGAGGAGGGAGGGUUCACCGGGCCGCACGGGCCCAAUGUGCUCUACAUUGUGGUUCACAGGGCAGGAGUAAUUACCAGGGAAUCAAAAAGGCCUCUUUUUGAUAUGAUUCUGUUUGGACUGAGGAAAUAAGAAAGGAAACCAUUCCUUUGUGGGGCUGGUUUAAAGCUGUAUUCAGUUAUUUUUCUCUUUAAUUUGUGUACUGUAUGAAAUGGAAGAGGGAAAAAUACAAAGGGGCUAACAUGUAAUUUAAUUUCAAACUGCUGCUUUCCAUUACAACAGCACUGAAACUAACUACAGAAGCCAUUACGGUGUCUAACAAGAUUUCCGAGCACUUGACAGCCUUUAACCAUACAAUAAAUGCUGUUUAAUGGCAGGGCCUUACAUUAUCUCACCUUACAGGUGCACCGUCUGACCGGACUAACUCCCUUUAUCAAUGCAACUUGACAUCUUUUUUUUUCAAGCUCUGUGUAAAGCAUAUUUUGACUUGUACAAAUGGAUUUUGAAAUGAUGUACUAAUGGGUUGAGAUGUCUGAAGUUUGUCACUUGCUUUGUCUCGUCUAAAUCUAACAAAAUUAAUUAGUUAUAAGUCAAAUCAAACAACCGAUUCCCACCUCAAAUCACCUGAUGUAUGACAUCGCCAAAGAUAAUUUUCCGUACCGUCUUUGUGGACUAAUUGUGUAAAUGAUUAUUUCAGCGUGAUACUGACAUGACUGUAACUCAUUUGGUAAGAUGUUGGUAACAAAUAGAAACAAUUACUUGUGUUGUAAUGAAAUUACCACAAAGUAUUAUUUUUCUUUUGAUUCCCAGAAACUUGAAUCCUCAGAUGUAUGUAUGCAAGUUUCAUUUGAAGGAUACACUGAAAAUGGUGUUAAAAGUUGUUAAAAUGUCAUUAAGUACAAGAUACCCGAUGUAAAUGUGUUCUGUAAAUGUUGUUUAAUGGAGUUUUCUUCCUGUAUACAUUUUCCCAUGAUAAAAUUCUCAGGUACUCUU